AUGAAUAGGCUACUUAGAAGGCUAUCGAUUGACAGUGUGAAACACUUCAAUUCAGGAGAUAGCGCAGAAACACCCGCAAUACCAGAGAACAAAGAGAAAGUGGAUGCAAAUGUGACCGAAGCAGAGGGACGGGAAACGGAAAAUACAUUGGAUGAGGCAGAAAGAGAGCACGAUACAGAAUUUGUUGAUCCUUGUAAGGGGCUUUCAUUUAGAGUUGGUGUUAGUGAGAACAAGAAUCCCAAAUAUAGGAGAACGAUGGAAGAUGUGCACACAUAUGUUGCUAAUUUUUGUGAGAGGUUGGACUGGGGUUAUUUUGCAGUUUUUGAUGGACAUGCAGGUAAGCAAACAGCCAGAUGGGCGGGUAGCAAUUUACACAACCUAUUAUAUGAGAGCAUCAUGAAGGGGAACAAUGGCGACUUGAGGGACCAUUUGAAUGAGAGUUUUUUAAAAGCUGAUGAGGAGAUAUCCAGAAUGGAUGAUGUUGGUUCGAGUGGCUGUACUGCUGCAGUAGCAGUUUUGAGGUGGGAAGAAGAGGUUGAAGAAGCUGAAUCCGAGUUGGAAGGCGAUGUGUCAAAUGGGGAUGUCAGAGUGGAGGAAAACGCAGAAGGAGAGAAUUCAGAAGUGGAAGACGAAGAAGAAGAAGAAGAAGAGAAAGAAGAAGAGGAAGCUGCGCAAUUUAGAGUCCAUAGUGAAGAGACUGGAAUAAGGGAGACUCAAAAUAGGUUGUUUGAUUUUGUUCCUGGUAGGAAGCACAAGAGGAUUCUGUAUACUGCGAACGUUGGAGACAGUCGAAUUGUUCUUAAUAGAGGGCAUGGGCGUUACCAACGGUUAAGUUACGAACAUAAGGGUACAGACCGGAGUGAAAUCAAGCGAAUUCACAGGCAAGGCGGAAUUGUUUUGAGUGGGAGGGUCAAUGGAGUGUUAGCUGUGAGCAGAUCAUUAGGAGACGUGUACCUGAAAGAGUACGUCUUAGGAGCGCCAUACACGACGAUGACCGAAAUAACUCCCGAUGAUCGACAGCUCAUUAUAGCCUGCGAUGGUCUCUGGGACGUCUGCGACGACGAGACGGCAGUGCGUAUGAUCGAUGGCAUACGGGACAGCGACCGUGCUGCUAAGGUGUUGUGCGAAUAUGCGCUGAAACGUGGCACUGGCGACAACGUGACAGUGAUGGUGGUGAACCUCGACGAGCGGGUGUUUGGUGUAGAAUAG